GGGGUCUCUGGGCCAAAUUCUGGGGGAGGGAGGGGGUCUCUGCCCAUCACUCCGCCUUCUCGACGCCGCGUGGUCGCCGUCCGGCGAGCGGAGAGUGCGGGCGGUGGCGGUGGCGGUGGCGGUGGUGGGGAGGGGACGAGGCGGCGGGGGCAUGGUCACCAUGUCGGCCGCGGCGAGCUGGACCGCCGAGGACGACGUCCUGCUGAAGAACGCCGUCGAGGCUGGUGCCUCAUUGGAAUCCUUGGCUAAAGGAGCUGUAUGUUUUUCCCGCAAAUUCACUCUUCAAGAAUUACAGGAUCGUUGGUCCUCAUUGCUGUAUGACUCAGAGACCUCAGGACAAGCAUCUGCCCUCAUAGUCAAGUAUGAGACUGAACUUUCAACCUCCAACCCGACCAAAGCACAUAAACUUUUCUACGUGAGGAGAAAACAUCUUUCUCUCAGGAAGAGGAAAAUUGAGAGUGUAAAGAAUCAGUAUUAUGCAAUGAGAAAGAGAAUCUGCCAUGAUCCAUGUUUGGCUGCAGAUUUUGGUUAUGUUAUCACACCCUGUUCAUGCCCUGUAGGUAGUGAUUGUGUAUGUGAUGGAUUAUUUAACUUGUUGGAAGAUAAUCAUUUGAUCCAUAACGUUAAUCAAGCUCCAGAUGUUGUAAAUGGCUAUGGUCACAUAGGCGAAAGCUAUGCUGAUGGACAAGAUGUACAUGCCAAAGAUAAUGGACAUUAUAUAUCCCAUAGAAGGCAUGAUAAAGCUGCUGGGACAGUGGCAAGUGAUGGAAGCACUAAUUGUGAAAGUGCAAAUGGCUGUUCUGAUGUAGGUAAGUUAUAUGGAUACAACUUCAUGCCAAAGAACAUUCAGUCAAGUGAAAGGAAUAUUGCCUCUCCAAAGGACCUUUCUGAUGUCCAGGACUGUGUGCAGCCUCAGCAACCAAUUCUUUGUGAAGAAUCAGCCAAUGGAAUGACAGGGUUAAAGGCUUUACUGAAUACUGAUCAAGAUUGCAUAAAACAGAACCAGUUUUCUGGUAACAGCAAUGAAAUAUUGCAAGACCCAGGCUCGCUAAAAGCAAUGAGUGAACAUUGGUGUUCUCAGGCACCUAGUGCUCCUACUAGGAAGAAGUUUCAGGGUGUUAAUGCACCUGACAUGCUGACAGAUGUGCAUCACAAAGAGCAAGAAAUUCUUGCCUUUUCUGAUGACAAGAAAAAGGAAACUACUAACAUUGACACAUUUUCAUGCAAGGUGAAUGUGGAGAAUGGAAUGUCUGGAUCUGGCUUAGACGAUGCAACAGAAGGUGAAGUUAUGCACUCAUGCUUAAUGGAUGCCAGUCAGGGUGAAGACUUUGAGCUACUUAAUAGCGAGAAUAUUUUGGAUUCUUCUCUUGACCCAAAUCUGGAAGGUUUAGGCGAUCGACAUGCUAAUGUUAUUCUGAAGGACAUCUCCAAAGAGCACCUUCUGGACAUUCCUCAUGUAAGCAGUGCCUGUGGUAACAACACAGAUCCAAUCCAUGAGAAGCAUGAUGUGGCAGAUAUUUCUGGAGUGGACAUGAUAUACACAACAGAAGUGCCUUUUCCUUGUGCUGGUAUUGUGUGCAUAUUAAACACCGAAGAUCCUGAAAUCCCUUGCAAUGAUGAUAUCUUUACACCUGGGCCUGUAGCAUCCACCUCUACUUGUGACCAGAAUUCACAGCACAAUAUGCAUUUGGUUUCUGCCAAACCUAUUCCUCCACUAAAUGCUGCUGACUUGAAUCACACCGACUUGGUUAGUGAUGUCCAACCAUUGUUACUUACAAUGAAGUUGGAACCUUACACCUUGGAACAAAAGGAAACUUUGGUGGGUCUUAAUGAAUCUUGUACCGUAAGAAGCAAGUCACCUGUUAUGCCUGUUGAUGCUAGCAAUGCAAAUGCAUGCACAUCAACUUUCCAUUCUGCUGCAGAAUUUGUUAAAAAAUCUACAUGUGGUUUAGUGCAACAUGAAUGUUUUGAUAACUUGGGGAGUGUGUCUUUGGAUGAGUGUAUUGGAGUGCUUGAUGAAAUGAAUUCUAAGGUUCCUGAUGAGUCAGGAAUAAGUUGUGAUGCUACUACCCAAAACAGCAUUUCAGCGCAUGCAUUGCCAGAUGUGGAAUUUCUUAAUCCCAUAACAACCACUUCAAGCCCAGAAGGGGGAGGAUCUGACAGUGAGGACGGUAUUCCAAACUAUUUCGACAUAGAAGCUUUGAUACUUGAUCAGGAUUUAAUUCCAUGGGAUCAAGAAUCUGAUUUCAUCCAGCUCGAAGUUUCCAGGUUUCAGUCUCUUGAAAGUAGGAAAGACUUGAUAAGAUUAGAACGAGGUGCCCGCUCUAAUACAAACAGAUCUAUUAUGUCCCAUGGUGCUUUUGCAGUUCUUUAUGGCCAGCAUUUGAAAUACUACAUAAAGGAUCCAGAGGUUACACUUGGGAGAGAAACAAGUGAGGAACAUGUCGACAUCGAUUUGGGAAAAGAAGGAAAGGCGAAUACAAUAUCCCGUCAACAGGCAAUUAUCAAGAUGGAUAAAGGUGGAUCUUUCCACAUAACGAAUAUAGGAAAAGCUCCAAUCUUCGUCAAUAGCAAAGAAGUUCCAUGCAACGAAUGCACUCACUUAAUUUCUGAUGCAUUACUUCAGAUAAGGCACAUGAAAUUCAUUUUUCACAUCAAUCAGGAUGCCGUGAGGCAACAUAUAGUUCGCAGUAGGAGAGGAACCUCCCAAGGCAAGUACGCAGUAUUUAAUUGGGAUGAAAAGCCAUGAAUUAAGGUUACGAUCAAGCUCAUGUGUGAAUUUAUUGUCAGUAAUAUAUAUCGGCAGGAUAGAAGUAUAUAGCACCAUAUCUAAUUCGGUCCCAUCCUUUGCAUGUAAAUCGUUGUAUAUUUCCAUGCUUAUCAUUUAGUAUAUAAUAGAUAUAUGCUCAAUUAUCGUCUUCAGAUCCAUAUUGUUGUAAGGUGCCACGGUUUUAUGUUUGAAAUUUGGAUUUAAAUUUCAUCGACAAAAGUUGUUUUAGUGGACUGGGAACUGAAUUCUCAAAGAUGAACCCCUUGCAUGCUUU